UAUAUUGGAGUUACGGAAAGAAAAGUCCCGAGACGCUGCAAGGUCAAGAAGAGGUAAAGAGAACUAUGAAUUCUACGAACUGGCCAAACUACUUCCACUUCCAGCCGCAAUCACCAGCCACUAUCUGAAACUCAGGGAUUUUUCCUCUCAAGGCGAGCCUCAGUGGACACCGGAAGGAAGUAUGGGAUCUCUUGAUGGAUUCGCGUUUAUCCUUGGCAGUGAUGGAAGGUUUCUCUACAUAUCAGAGACAGUGUCCAUUUAUCUUGGCCUUUCUCAGGUUGAAAUGGCUGGAUCAAGUAUAUUUGAAUACGUUCACCCACAAGACCACACAGAGCUUGCCGAUCAGCUAGGAAUGUGUAUGGUUCCGAGUUACAUGAUGGUUCAAAGUCCAGAGAAGGACAACCACAAGUCUUUCAGUUUGCGAAUGAAGUCGACUCUCACUAAACGAGGAGUUCAUGUAAAAACAUCCGGCUAUAGAGUAAGUCAAGGCAACAGUAACUGUAACAUCCCCAGCACUAAUAGUAACAGUAAUUCCUCCGAAGCUCCUCCACUCCUGGGGAUGGUGGGUAUGGCAAUAGCGCUACCUCCCCCAACCAUCACAGAGCUGCGGCUGGAGUUAGAUACGUUCAUUACAAAACUUAGUCCUGAUUUCAAAGUUAUCUACUGUGAGCCGAU